CCUCCUCUUCACAAUGACAGCAUUACUUUAAUACAGGAAGUCAGGGUGGGACGGCAGAGAGCUCAGCAGCAGAGCUGAAUGUAUAAAUGUUUAUACAUGUUUAUUUUUAGGUCUUCCUCUAAAUCCUAGACAUCAGAUGAGAAUACAGAAGCAGAGCUAUAGAUAGAAGAGCAGGACCUACCUCUGGCUGCACCUGUCCCAGCACCAUGGAGGAUCAGAACAAGGCAGAGAACGCAUUCAACGCAGAUGAAGCGAGCCUCAUUGUAAAAGAGUGUGUAGAGGUCAUCCUUGGUGGAGUGGAUUAUGAUGAAGGCCGAGUCAAUGAGUGGAUGUCUGCUGUGGUGGAGCAGUCACUAACCCAUCUGGUAAAGUUGGAAAAAACCUACAAGUAUAUUGUAACCUGUACAGUUAUGCAAAAACGAGGCGGUGGUCUUCAUUCAGCAAGCUCCUCCUUCUGGGAUAACACCACUGAUGGGAGUUGCACAGUGAGGUGGGAAAAUCGGACCAUGUAUUGUAUCGUGAAUGUAUUUGCCGUUGCCAUCCAUCUGUAACCGAUUGCAGGAAAAUGUUGUAUUCUUUUUGCACGCUUUUAAUGCUUAAAAAAAAAAAAAAA